CGCGGCCGUCGUUGUCAAGGAAAUGCGUCGUCGGUUGCUAUCAUGCAGCCACAAGCUGCUGCGUUUCAGAAACCCGAGGCUUCCUGCUGACGGAGGCUCGACGCUGGAAGAUGAGAGGCAACUGCUGGUGGAGGAGCAGAAGUUGUGCAAAGUCCGAGCUCGGAAGUUUUCCCUGGAAACCAAACGACGGAGGAAGGCUCUGGAGGAACGACGGAAGCUGUGGGACGUGCAGGAGCAGCGACUGCGAGAGAACGUUUUACAGCAGCGCCGGCAGCGAGUGCAGGAUGCAACCGAGCGCUUCCAACGAGCCCAUCUACCUCUUUCUCAAAGACAGAGACAAUCUUUUAGAAGGAAUAUACCAAAUAUUGAAGAUGCACUCAAUCAAAUUCAGGGAUCCUUGAGUUCACACUCUCAACUAAACUUUCACAUUAGCAGCAGGUGUGCUACCUCUCCUAAGCCCCCCACAGUUCCUAAGUCCUCCAUUCGACAAUCCCUCUCUGCAGUUGAGGCCUACACUAAACUGCUUCAGGAGCAUAGCACUCAAGAAACAGAGAAGAUGCAGGAGGAGCAACAAGAUCACAACCUACGGGAAAGCCAGAUGUCGGAUUCCUGCAAUUCUGAAAGCCUUUCAAGUAAGGACAGUUUGGAGAUUGAGGACCUCCACCCCCGCACAGAGGCUUUAAGAAGUCCCUCUUCAUCGUUCUUGGUUGAUUCAGAAAAGAGCCAUCAAGUCGUGAGAACGCAAAAUGAUUUGUAUCCCACAACCGACCACAUUUUUUCUGCAAUGAUGCUCCUCAGUGACAAUUUAGUUCAAGCCACAAAGCUACAUGAGCCCAAGCAAGAAGAGCAUGAGCAGUCUGAAGGACGUGGUGAUAAGAUUUAUGUUUCAAAAUCUUCUUGGGAUUUCACGUCUGAGCAAACACCUAAGACUGCCACCCGGUCCUCGCUGCACAACUGCAACAUAUUAACCUUUUGUGAACUUAUUAGUGGGGACUCAGAGCACUUUGAAGCAAACACCGGACAGGCUGACAACAUCAUUGCUACAAAUAGAGCUACUCCAAGCAGCACAGCCCCUGGGACUUCAUGUCCAAACCAAGAAGCUCUGUUAGAUCUCAGACAGCAGAAGGCCAACGAUGACAGACAAUUAAAACAUCCAUCAGCUACUGAGAUUCUUUUGCCUGCCAAAAACGGCAACAGCAACGACAUUUUGUUUGGGUCUUCCCCAAAACCAAAUAUUUUCUUGAAGGAUAACGCCGUUUAUAAUGUCUCACACGAAGGAGCUGCUCAACAAACAGGAAAGGAAAACCAUUAUCUGUCAUCCCAGAAAGAGCCUGGUGCUUCCAUAAACAACCUCAAUAAGGCUUCGGCCUCAGUAUCUAAACCCGAGAAGCCUGUCACAGUGCUGCUGCAGCACGCGUGCCUGUCUAACAUUCAGUCAGACACACUUAAGUGCCUUGAGUGCCACGAAGAGGACAUACGAAAAGUACCUGUCAGAUUUAUUAAGGGAAUUCUUAAAAAGCAUUCCAAAUACAUCCCAGGUGAUGCUGCAUGUGUGUAUGGCUCCGGACAUUUGGUCUUUGCAGAACAAGUAGCUUUACAAAUCAGAGAUAGUAUUGAACUGACGAGGGCAAAAGCAAAGCACGUAGACGCCAACAAGACUGUGAAGAAGAAGCUGCGCUGGUUGGACGAGGUUCACGUGGAAAACGAGGACAAAGAGGAGAACGCGAUGAGUCAGCCGACAUCCGCGCUUCCUCGGUCACGUAGCAGCUCAGAGGACCACCAGCUCAGUGUCGCUACAGCCUCUGGGGCCUCCGGAGGACCAGUCGUGACCCCCGCAGCCUCCCCUGGUUAUCACUUUACAAAGCAUGCGUGGGCAGAUGUUGGGGUUCAAGUCAGCUUGCCCCAGGAACAAGCGGACGAGGUGCCGCGGAGCAGCACCAGAACCCCCAAGGUCCCUCGGAGGGAGCGCUCGACCAGAGCCGGCGUGGGUCCUGUUUCCUCACGGACCAGAAAGGGCACCGUCAUACGACCCCAAUCUGCCACCGAGGUGAGUCAGAUUACCAGAACCCAGGGGAAGCUCAUGGUUCCCCGUCCACCUCCUCGCGUGGAGGAAAAGAUGGCACACACCACUAAGGCUCCAUAUGGCUCUGACGGCGCCGGCGUGAGCUGUAAACGAGCGAAUGCUGUAGAUCAGAACUCCGAGGGCUUGUUAUCACCCUGCGUGCAUCACGGAGGCAGAACAGAUAGUGGUGUUGUGUACACAGCACUGCCACCGUCUUCAGAGGGCGGCGCGAAGGACGCUUCCAGCUCAGGUCAACAGGAAACGCAUGGUUCCAGCGCAAUUGUGUUCGGCGAGAAAGGCCUCUGUUUGAAGUGCACCCCCACAGAUGAGGAGAUCUCCCAGCUGUGGCACGGCGUCCGCAGCGCCCUGGCCUCCAAGGAAGCCAAAGCCGUGCUUGGCAGACAGGCCCUGGAGAGUGGGCGAGCUGUGAGGAAGCCCUGCGUGGAGCACAGCAGAAAUCCUCCCGCCUCGGGGAGCAGAAGACUUCCUCAGCCCUCCCAGCCCAUGAAAGCGACGCCAGACCCAGUCAGGCUGUUUUCCAGUAUUUAUGACGUAUUUCCACAUGAAGCUUUGCGGAGUGCGGCUCACUUACGCGCACACGCAGGUUUUGAAGAACGAAACGUUGUUGCCGUGGAAACGGCCCAAACACAGAGGUCUGGACCGGUGCAGCACAGGCUCACCACUGUUUCCUUGGAGGAGCAGAGAAUCCUGCUCUCUCUGGACAGACUUAACCACCGACUGCACUGUGUCCAGGAACAUGUGGGGGGCAACAGAGGCACAUGCGACCUUGUGCUUAUUGAUCCGCACUCAACAAAAGACGUGAAAAUCUCGCCCCAUCAGAAGCACAGUGCGUCCUCAGCGAGCGGCCGUGCUCGGUUCCAGAAGAAAGUCUGACUGUGAUUGUUUAGUCUAUCAUGCUACUCUUUCCAUUCAUUUUACGUCAUGCUGUAAACAAGCACUUUAUUUACAUGUAAAAUAGAUUUUAUGUCCUUUAAAACUAAAAGUGCCUUCUUGUGUAACUUUAAGCUGGCAUUUAAUUGAGCUCAUUGACUUUUCAGGCAUCUUUGAAAACAAUAUGCACUCAUUUUAUUUUGAAAAUAAAUAACUUUGUACAGUG